AUGACUAGUGAGAAUAGGGAUGGGGAUAAACAACAGCCCUGCUUUAAUCCAGAAGUACUAGAAUACCAUGGAGAGGAGAGCCCCACUACCCAAACAACUGAUAUCACUGAUACAAGUUUAACCGACACCAGGCCAGAGCCGAGCGUUUUCCAGAUUUACCCAAUCGAUGUGUCUACAGCUAUUGCCACUGAUACUAACCCAACAAGAGACGAUUCCGACGAGCCAGCUUCACUCAGUGUCAAUAGUGUAAGCGACCCCAAAGAAGACCUUAAUGAUUUGUUGAAGGAGCCGAAGGCUAAAGACGAUAGAAGACAGGAAAAAGAAAACAAAGUACGAGAAGACGAAGAUAAAUUACGUAAAGAUGCAGAUGAAAGAAGAGCAAAAGAGGAUGACAUCCUUACUACCAGUCAGAAAAAUAUACACACAACUGCACAGAAGUUUAUCAGUUAUAAUAUUGAGGUCGAAAGUCAAGAAGUUGAAUGCCAGACCGAUGCGCGAGAUUUUGGGACAGAACUAGAUAAGCGCGAUCCGUCAUUUAGUGUUACGCCAUGCAAUUAUUUUCAUUCUGACAUUGGCACACGUAUUAAAGAGGUUGAAGUAGACAAAAGCGGUUCGACUAAGAAUGAGGCCAAGAAUAAUCAGUGUAGCAAGCCGGUGGAAAGGUUCAGAAAACCCUUGACUGAGACGGUUGAUCUAAUUGAAUCCAAGAUUGAGCAGUCCAUGCAAGACGUAAACGAAGAAAAACAAGCGACAAAUGAAACCACUGAACGAAAAGAGGUGCUCAUAACAGGAGAUACAGAAGUUAGGAAAGAUCAAACAGAAGAUCAGAUUUUGCAACACAUUGAAGCAGACAUUUUGAUGAGGAAUGGAACAGAAGAGAGAAGUAGAGAUAUAACUUUCGAUAUCGAUGAGCAAUACGAGAACAAACUUAAAACGGUACUGAGCAAACUAAAGCAUGAAGAAGACAUACGACGGGAUGAAGAGGAUGAGAGGCGGGAGGAGGAACGUAUGAGGAGGGAAGAUGAAGAUAAAAUAAGGCAAAACGAGGAUGAAACUCAUAAUCAGAGGAUGAGUAAUGAGAGAAAUUGGGGAUUCUCCUGCUGUUUUCGCAAAGCUUUGCAUAUAAGCCUACAAGAUGCAAACGAUUUAGCGAUGAAAAAAAGGCGAAAAAAUGAAAACAAAAUACGUGAAGAGGAAGACAUUCGAAGAAAGGAGGAAGAUGAACGACGAGCCGCAUAUGACGCUGUACAAGCAAAGUUUGGGACUGAAGGUAGUCUUAAAGAUUUGGGGAAAAAACUACACCAUGAAGAAUUUUCAAGACGAGCAACUGAAGAUAAGAGGCGAAAUGAUGAAGAUCAAAGAAGAGAAAAUGAGCUUCAAAUGCGAAGCACAGAUAUCCUUAAUCAGAGAUGUCCCUCAUGCAGUGCAUCUGUUUGCUUCUGUAAAACAGAAACAAGGGAUUCAAACAUCACUGCAAUGAGAGAAAGGGAAGAUAAAAGAAGAGAAGAAGAUACAAGACGAAACAUAGAAGAUAAGAGGCGGGUUGCAUACGAUCGUCUUUUUGAAGACAUACCAGACCUCACUGAGUUACAACAUAUUAGAAACAAGACAGAUAACCAAAUCAAAAUAGAACGCCUCAAAAGCGAGGAACAAAAAUUCACUGAAGAAUUGAAAACAAUUAGAAUGAUAAAUAAACUACAUAAAAAUCACAAAAAACAAUCACCAAAUGAUAAAAAAGAAUGGAGGGAAAGUACACCAAAACAUGUUAAACUUCUUUGGAAAAUAGGUAAUAUCCAUCGUGAGAUUGGUAGACUUGAAGGUGAUCAAUUUGAAUAUAUAAAGGCGAUUGGUAUAUACGAAUGCGCAAUAGUGCACUGCCAUCUUGUUAAUGAAGAAUUAAAUACCACUGAUACAAUAUCAGAAGACAUCAGCGAAACAUUAGUUCAUUUAGAAAAAGGUAGAAGAAAGGCUUUGGACCUCUUUUUUCAACACUGUACAGGGAAGGGCACGCCAAACCAAUACUUUAAGGAUGAAGAGGAGAAUAAAGAAGAAUUAAAAGCCAUCAGAAAAGAACUUAAAUACAAAAUCCAAUCAAUGGAUAAGGAAUCAUUCUGGUUUGAGCCUAAUCUACGGCCUGAGGAAAGAAAAAUACGAGAGGAAAGUCAAAUAAGAGAAAAUGGGAAGAUAUUUGAAUGGAUCCAAGGCAAAAUGAAAACGUUUGUGUCUCGUUUAGUGACGCAAUGUAAGAAAAUCCUAGACUUUUGCAAGAAUGACUUUGCCUUCUUAGCAUUCGGUUCAUUGUCGAGAAAAGAAACAACUCCUUAUUCCGAUGUAGAAUUUGCUGCAGUUCAGGAUUCGAAUGACUCCGAGAUGAAUCCAGACUAUAAGAUGCGUCUUACAAAUGUGAUUAUGACACUUCAUCUCAAAUUCCUAUCAUUUGGUGAAACAAUUCUUCCAGCAAUGUACAUAAGAUCACUGAAUGGUCCAUAUAGCAGUGAAGAUUGGUACUUUGAUCAAAGAAAAUAUGUUGUCACCAAGCAAGGAAUAUCGUUUGAUGGCUUGAUGCCUUGGGCGAAUAAAACACCAUAUUUCACGAUAGAAUUAAAGAAUGGAAAGAAGUUCUGCUUAACAAACACAAAAAGAGCUUUCAUGCAGUUCUUCUGGGAUAACGACAAUGCAAAAAUCGUGAAAAAAUUGCUCUUUUUCUUCAAAGGCGAUUUUACAACAAUAUUUGGAGACAAACAAAUUGAGGCUGACAUGAGGAAGUGUUUCAUGAAAUCUCCACAAAGGGAGCAAGUGAUGAAGAUGAUUGUUGAUGAGUUAGAGGACGAUUUUGAAAAACACUCCAACGUGAAAAAGAUAUAUUAUGCCAAGUACAAAAGGAAGCUAAUUGAAAAGGAUGAAAUCCAUGUGAAAAAGGAGCUCUACCGUCUCCCAAGUGUUGUUAUCAAUAACCUUCUUCAUCUAAUAGGCAACAACAUAACAUGUGCAUGGGACAUCACGGAAAACAAUUCCAAAAUACACAGUGAUGUCAUUCACAAUUUAAAAAUGAUGUUAUCAACAUCUGCAGAAAUUCGAUUACGAUGUUACUCCAAUGAAAAUGGUCAAGUGGAUGUAGAAAAGGGGGAACUAUUACCAGAUAUCUUUGUUGGGACUGAUGUAAAUAAAGAUGUCUUCGGGAAGAGUCUCAUUCUACGCUAUUUCCUUUCUGCCAUCCCAUUCGUACUUGCUAUGGAGGAAGCAAAGGAUAGAAAAUCAAACCCAAGAACUGCAGACAAGAAAGCAAAACAGGGACAUGUUGCUCGAACUAUUAUAAGGAAAGAAAAUCCGAGAGCUGGAAAUAUGGGAGACGCAGAGCGUAAAGCUAGAGAUAUAGAUACUUUGCAGUAUCGAGCAGUGCCAGGGCAUGAAGAGGAUAAUAAACCUGGAGAAUACAUACUCAGGUCUCUAAAAAGUGCAACACUGUAUGAUCCAUCCCAUUUGAACAAAGCAAUGGCCUACAUAUUAAUGAAUGACAAAAGAAAAGCUGAGGAAGAAAUGAAUAAAGCAAACGAAUGUAAAACAUAUGACACCUCACCGACACAACAAAUAAUGUACAUUCUUUGCAAUACUUUCAUAGAUAAUGACAGUAUAAGUAAACCAUUUUUUGACAAGUGGAAAGAUAAAGCACUUGUAAAUGAGGAAAUGGAUAUAGAUGUCAAGAAUGCAUUGGGAAAUACCCUACGGCAGAAAGGUAAUGUUAUGGAAGAAACGGAGGUGCUGGAAACAAGUGUAGACGAUUCUCUCAAAGAUCGUAGAAAAAUAACAUCAGUUACACUUCUUAACUAUGCAUAUGAACAGGCCAACAAUGAAACAAAGCUCCAGGAAUUGCAUGACAAAUACCCAGAGAUUAAGGAGAUUCAAAACAUGAGGAACGAGCUAAAGACUCUGGAAGAUGAAAAUGCUAAACAUAAAGCAAAGGUAGAGAAGAUUACCGAGCAGAAUAGACAAUAUGAAAAAGAAAUCAAAGAAUUGCGGAGAAAGAGGGCAUGUGAUUCGAGAAAAAAGUAUAAAUGGACUUACGGAGUGCAAGAAAACAUGUCUACUUGCUGUAGCAAGAUUGACAAAAUUACUAUUGCAAAAUUACACAGAGAGAGAGAGAGAGAGAGAGAGAGAGAGAGAUGA